CGCCGUGACGGCCAGUCCCGCGCCGUGACGGCGAGGCCAACCCCGCGCCUGUGUGAGGCGUUCCGGAAGUGACGAUGCCGGAAGAGGCGUCCGGGGCCGAGCCAUGGUGGAAUGGCCGCCGAAGGAAACCCUGUUACGUUGGAAACGGGAGCAAGCCCUGCUGAAGGCCUGCGUCAUAGACUGGGACACGGAGGCGUGGCAGCGGGACCCAGCCUUCUCGGGUCUGCAGAGGGUCGGGGGCGUUGACGUGUCCUUCGUGAAGGGGGACAGUGUCCGCGCCUGUGCCUCCCUGGUGGUGCUCAGCUACCCUGAGCUCGAGGUGCUGUACGAGGAGUGCCGCAUGGUCAGCCUGACGGCCCCCUACAUAACCGGCUUCCUGGCCUUCCGAGAGGCGCCCUUCCUGGUGGACGCGGUGCAGCGGCUGCAGGCCACAGAGCCCCACCUCACGCCCCAGGUCCUUCUUGUGGAUGGAAAUGGGGUGCUCCACCACCGAGGCUUCGGGGUGGCCUGCCACCUGGGCGUGCUCACCGACCUGCCCUGCGUUGGGGUGGCCAAGAAGCUCCUGCAGGUGGACGGCCUGGAGAACAAUGACCUGCACAAGGAGAAGAUUCGACUCCUGCAGUCUGGGGGGGACACGUUUCCGCUGAUGGGGGUCUCCGGGGCUGUCCUGGGAAUGGCCCUGAAGAGCCACGACCACAGCUGCAAGCCCCUCUAUGUCUCCGUGGGCCACCGCGUGAGCCUGGAUGUGGCCGUGCGCCUGACCCACAGCUGCUGCCACUUCCGCAUCCCGGAGCCCGUGCGUCAGGCUGACAUCCGCUCCCGCGAGUUCAUCCGCAAGACCCUGAGCGUCCCCAGGCCACCCCCCCUGGAGCAGGAGAGGAGCCAGAAGGCACAGAGGCCCGAGGUGUGCCCUAAAGGAGACUCGGAAGCGCAGCCCCAAAACUCCAGGAGCCGCCCAACUGCCGAGCAGCUACACCAGCCCCAUUGGGCCCCUGUGGCCCUUCCUGGAACUUCCUCUCCCCUUGCUCCAGCUGGAAGAAGUCCCAGUAGAGAGAUGGGCAGAAGGCGUGAUGAGAGCACAGCCCUGCUCUCGACGUGGCUCUCAGCCCAGCCUUAGCCCUGGCACUGCACCAGGCAGCCCCAGACCCCCAGGUUCCCCCAAGGACUCUGGAACGGGUGCCCAGAGCAUAAAAAAAUUCAUGGAGGCUUUUGCUGAUCGUGCUGAUCUCUCCAAAGAGCCCACUGUCAUGAGUCGACAGCUCGGGGCCAAAGUCCAGAGAGGCCCGGGCUCUCGCCUCCCUCCAUGAGCCCUAUCGGCAUCUCCUUUUGUUCAUGGUGGGAGAGCUCCCUUCCAGGGUCUGGGUCCAGGGGUCUGCAAGGGAGGCAAGUUAGGAAGGUGUGGGAGGCGGAGGGGCCCGCUGGGGCCAUGUGGGCUGUGGAGGCCGCCCAGGGGCUUGAGGAGCUCCAUGUGGUGGCCCAGUGCUGGUGGGCAGGUUCUGGCAUUUUGCACAGGUGCCUUUUUCAGGUGCUGAGGCCCGGGUUUUGAUGUCCUGUCCUGCCUCGUGCUGCCUCCCCAAAUGAGGCAGGAUGUUGAGCUUUGUCCUCUGGGGCUACCUUCCUCAUAAAAGCUGGGGCUUCUCUGGGAGCCCCUGCCUGCACCUCCACACCCUGAUCUCCCCAGCAGGACCCCCAUGCUACCGGCUGAAUAAAACCAGCCUGUGUCCAGGGCUUUAGACCUGACCUCUGGGCCUCAGCACUUGGGGCUUGUGCCAGGUUCUCCCAGCUCAGGAUCCACAGGGCUGAGAGGGAAGCACGUGAGGAGGCCCCUGAGGAGAGCUCGCGUGCCCCGGGGUCUGCCAGCUGGGGGGAUGGAGCCCCCAGGCCCUGGCAUUCAGGCCCCGGUGCCUGAGAUAGUGAAGGGGGUUGGGGUGGCGUGGGGGGAGCUGCUUUCUGGUCCCGGGCCCCAGCACCACUGGCCAGAACCAGGCUGGAGUGUUUGGCUGGGGGGGGCACCCGCCACCCCCCACGCUACAGCGAGCAGGGCCUUGGCUUCUCGCAGCCCGUGCCACGGCAUCCAGGAGCUUUCCUGGAAGUGGUCUGGCGUUUCCUAAGAGACCCCACCCAGUGGACUCGGGGACCCCUCACAAAGGCGGAGGGGUCUCUGUCCCAGCCCGACAGGGCAGCGGCUUGAGCCCCGGGAGCUCGGUGCUCCGCAGCCCUCCUUCCCCCCAGGGGACCCGGGGAGGGGGCACCAGGGAGCAGGACCCGCCUUGGUCCUGGGGUCCCUAGGACUUGCCUCCCAGCCCCAUCUCCAGCCCGUGUGGGGAGAGCACCCCAGGGACCUCCCGGUGGGGGGAGGAGAGGGGCAAGGCCGGCUGGAAGGACGCGAGGGUGCCGUGCCCCCCUGUUCUGGGCCGGGUUGGGAGAAGGUGGGUCACUGGCGGGAGGAGCCCUCAGCCCCAGCUGGCAUCGGCCGCGGCAGGAGCCGCCUGGGCUGGGCUCGGGUGCUAAGCUGGAGCCCCUCACCUGCUCACACGUGGCCCCAGUAGACCGUCGCCACGUGACAGCCCUGAGCUGUGGCCCUUUCUGCCACACUGCGCGGUGAUGGACACAAACUCAGUAAAUGAGGGGUGGGGAUUCCAGCCACCAGCUGGACCCAGGAGCAAGCCCCCAUGGUCAGGGGGUGGGGGCCCUAGCAUCGGUCAUUUCCCUCCUCAGGUGCCAGGGGGACGGGCCAUAAGAGAAUGUCCCCAGAGCAGGUUCGCCCAGCUCUCUGGUGUUCCUAGGCAUGAGUAGCCCACGGGUACCCUGGCCAGGGACAGUCUGGUCCUGGGGCCACAGCAGGAGGGGGUCCUGCAUGGUUGCUGGGUGGGGUGACACCUCCUCAAACCCACCCCAGGCAGGGAGCCGAGAUUGACCAUGGGGUCAUGUCGCCCUGAAUGGGUAGGGGCUGAGGGUGGGGGCGGCUGGGCAGGGGAGGGCUCCCCCCCCAGUGCCCGGAUUUCGUCCUGUGUCGAGUGCUCGUGGGAAAGGGAAGUGUGGCUGGCACUCGGCCGGGGCCCCAGGCAGCUGCUGCCUCACCCCACCCGCCUGCUGAGUCAGAGGGCGCCAGGCCGCCCUGAUGGUCCCAGGACCCGGGCCACAGCGUGCCCCAGGCUGCCAGGACCCUCGGGGACGGCCUCAACCUGCUGCCCACUCCAGGACCUGCCACCCUGGCCCCAGGCAGCCCCUCAGUCCCCACACAGCAGCCAGGGCUGGAGGGCGCACAGCUGGCCCCGCCACCCGCCUCACCUUCCAGAUGCUUCCCUCCCGGUGCUCCAUCAGGAUGGGUAGAGCCGGCGGGGACCCUGACUGCCUCCCACCAGCUGGCCUGGGACAAAACACGGACCUCCCGGGGCCUCGGGGCCUCCCAGACCAGCCGACCGGGAGGCUCAGUGCCACAGGCAGCAGCCUGGGCGCAGCUCCCAGCCUGUGGACAGUCCCGGACCCUCUGAAGAGGCCAGGGUUGAUGGUGUCUGUCUGCUCGGCUGUGCUGACGCGGAAGACGAGAAGGAAGACACGGUCUCCCCCCUCCCCAGCUCCCUUGCAGGGUCUCCGGAGCGCAGUCCUGGAAGACAGGCUUGUCCGCUCCUCAGGGCCUGGACCCGAGCUGUCCUCUGCCCCUUUCACACCCACCUCGUGCCCCUUCCAUCAAGAGACCCUCCGCCCAAAGGGGUGGACGGAGCUGGCAGGGCCCCAGGGCUCAACUUUAAUGGUUCCUCGGAGGCCACAGGGGUCAGGGUGGUCUCCCCUGGCGGGAACAUAGCCGGGUUGACUGUUCUCUCCCUGCUGGGAGCUUGGGGCAGAGCGGCUCCUCCUUCCCCCAGCGAGGGGCAGGCAACUUACGUGUGAUGGUGGCUUGUUUAUUGCGGUAAAAGUCACCCUCCUUCUAACCAUUCUAAUGUGUAUAAUUCAGUAGUUUUUAGCAUUUUUAGCAUAUUCACAAUGUUGCACAACCAUCACCACUUUCAAGUUCCGGAAGAUUUUCGUCACCCCAAGCAGAAGCCCCCUACCCGUCAGCAGCCACACCCCGUGCUCCCCUCUCCCCCAACCCCUGGCAGCCACCGAUCUACCUUCUGUCUCAAAGGAGUCACCUGUUCUGGACAUUCCAUGUAGGUGCAAUCUACAAGGUGGUCUUACAUGACUGGCUUCCUUCACUUAGAAUAAUGUUCUCCUGGUUCAGCCAUGGUUUUUUUGUAACUUGUAUCAGAACUUUAUUCCUUUUUAUGGCCAGAUAGCGUUGCAUUGUUUGGAUAGACCACCUUCUGUCCAUUCAUUAGUGGGUAUUUGUGUUGUUUCCACUCUGGGGCUAUUAGAAUAAUGCUGCUCUAAACAUUUGUAUGUAAGAUUUUGUAUGUACAUACCUUUUCGAGACUCUUGGGUGUAUACUUAGGAGUGGAACUGCUGGAUUAUAUGAUAAUUCUGUUCAACUUUUUGAGAAACUGCCAAGCUUUUCCAAAGUGACUACCGUUGUACAUUUCCACCAACAAAGUAAGGUGGGAUUCCAGUGUCUCCACAUCCUCACCAAGGGUAGGGUGAAGUGGUGUCUCCUUGAGGUUUUGGUUUCCAUUUCCCUGAUAAUUAGUGAUGUUCGGCAUAUUUUCAGGUGCUUAUUGGCCAUUUGUAUGUCUUCUUUGGAGAAAUGUCUAUUCAAAUCCUUUGCCUAUUUUUAAAAUUGGGUUGUUUGCCUUUUUAUUGUUGAAUUGCAACUAUUUUUUAUAUAUUCAUCAGAUAUAUGAUUUGUAAAUAUCUGUGGGUUAUCUUUUCACUUGAUAAUGUCCUUUGAUGUACAAUAUUUCUAAUUUUGACGAAGUCCAGUGUAUCUCUUUUUUUUCUUUCAUUGUUUGUGCAUCUGGUGUCAUAGUAAGAAUCCAUUGCCUAAUCCAAGGUCAUGAAGAUUUAUUCCUGUGUUUCCUUCACAGAGUUUUAUGGUUUCUGCCCAUACAUUCCAUUCUUUGAUCCAUUUUGGGUUAAUUUGGGGGGGGGGCAUAAUGUAAGGGUAGGUGCCAACUUCAUUCUUUUGAAUGUGGAUAACCAGUUGUCCCCACACCAAUUAUUAAAAAGACUAUGCUUUCCCCGUUGAA